AUGGCUCAAAAUCCAUCUGAUUUCACAGACCACGAAACAAGUGAAAGCUGCAGCCAGGAGCAAUCAGUGGUGACGGAUGAGACAUCCAGUGCGUCUGAAUCGCGAGACAACCUCGCUGUCUCCUCGACGCAGGAGAGGGAGGAGGAGGCAGUCCGUGGCGAGUACCAGGAGACCACGAUUUCGGAGGUGCUCAAGGAGGCCUUCUGCACCAGGAAGUUCCUGUGCACUCUCCUUGCCCUCUGCCUCGCUGCCGUCUCUGCCUUUACGAUGCACAUCGACGUGAGUGUCGUGAGCCAGGAGAAGACACUGAAGCAGGUUCCACUUGGCUUCUUCCUCCUAAGCGGCGCCGCCCUCCUCAUGGUCGCAGUCGUCCUUGGCUACGCCAUUGAGACAGUCACCUUCCGCAUUCUCAGGGGAUCUGCCUCCUCUACGAGCUCAGUCAUGUUCUACGCCUACAACUGCGCCUACCACAUCUCACUUGGCUGUGCCCUAGGGGGCCUCCUUGUCUGCAACAUGCUUACAAUAGGCGACUUCUACAUCCCCAAUCCCUACCUCUUUGAGCUGAGGGUGAGGGUGGUGCUUCCUAUGACAAUUCUCUUCUUAUGCUUCUUUGCCCUACAGCGGUGUCUGACUCAGAAGACCGUCUUUGGCUUCAACUACUCGACCUAUCUCAAGAGAAUCAGAAGGGCGAUACUCAUGGACUUGUUUGUGACACUGAUGGCCUGCGUGUCGGAGUUCAGGAACGAGACGAGGCCAGUCGACUUCGAGGAGGCAGACGAAGACUGGGUCGAUGACAGCCAGAUAUUCGUGGCAAGGAGGAAGCAGAGGGCUCCAAGGAAGCUGGCCACCUACAUCUUCGAGAAGCAGUUUCAGGGGAGCAGCAGGGCGCCAAUGACAUUUGGUGCCAAAUUCACGCUACUGAACGAGUUCAGCACCCUCUGUCGGACAUUCAGGCGGACAGACGCGUCGAUUCUGAGCAUCCUGGCCAGGCUCAAGGAAAAGGCCCAUUCAAAGGCGGCCGCCUUGCACAGGAGUCUGAAGAGGAAGCAGAUGAGGAAGAUGGGCGACUUCGGCUUCGUCUUCAAGAGACAGGCCGUCUUCAACGCAUUCUUCGAGCAGAUGGGCGUCAGGAAGAGCGACGAGAUCACCAGGGACUUCCUGGAGUUCUUCAUCGAGAAGUCGCUGAAGGAGAAGUACCUGAUCAGUUACAGUCUCAGGCAGCUCCAUGCUGCCAUUGAGAGAGUCUCCCUUGCCGUACAGGUGCUGAUAUGCGUGGUAUACGCGAUAUGCACAGUCAUAUCAGGAAUGGGACUAACAAACUCAAUGGGUGGAAUUGCGUCUACGAUAUUUGGAAUUCCAAUCAUUGCAUCGCUGCUGAAGGAGCACCUGGUGAAUCCAAUCAUGUUUCUCUUUGUGAUUCACCCGUAUGACGUGGGAGACCGUGUUCUGGUCACACUCGAUGGGAAGCAGGAGAAUCUGGUCGUGUCGACUCUCAACGUCUUUUCUACCCAUUUCUUCAGGUGGGAUGGAACGUGCUUCUUUGUACCAAAUUCAGUUCUAUCUGCCACGCCAAUAUGCAAUAUCAGGCGUAGUGGGCCGUGUAUGGAGAAUCACGUCGUACAGGUGUCGACGCAGACUGAUCCACAGAAGAUUGCGGAGCUAAAGCGUCGACUACAGCACUUUGUGAAGAAGUAUCCAAUCUACUACUCAGAUUACGUAUUAGUCAACUACGAGAGAAUAGAUGACUCAAACAAGUUGCACGUGAAGGUGCUGAUGCAGUACAAGACAAACAUCCAGAACUAUGAGCACUACCUGUCACUGAGAUCGAACUUCGUAUGCUACAUGAAUAAGCAGAUUAGCAGUCUGGGGAUUUCAUAUGAGUUGCCUCUGCAAAAAAUAUCACUGGAGGAGGAUGGAACCAACGGGAUAGCAAAAUCAGCCAGGGUCUGA